ACCAUCACCCUUUGUCAUUGUCUUCUAUAAGCAGCCUUGGGUAUUCCAAGGUGAGUCAAAAUGGCUAAUCAUGUCACUACAGCCUUGGGCUGCUUUCUCUUAUUCACCAUCUUCUUCAUCAUCUCGUUCUGCUCAUCUUUCUCGCUUGCCUUGACCGAUGCUGAAGCAUCUUUCAUCGCUCAUCGCCAGCUCCUGGCACUCCGUGAGAACGAAGAGCUUCCCAGUGAGUUCGAGUAUGAGGUUGAUGUUAAAGUAACCUUUGCAAACCAAAGGUUAAAAAGAGCUUACAUUGCCCUCCAGGCUUGGAAAAAGGCUAUAUAUUCUGAUCCAUUUAACACUACCAACAAUUGGGUUGGUGCAAAUGUUUGUAAUUACACUGGUGUGUUCUGUGCACCUGCUCUUAAUGACCCAAAAUUGAGUGUUGUUGCUGGUGUUGAUCUUAACCAAGCUGACAUUGCUGGCUACCUUCCACCUGAAUUGGGGCUUAUGACAGAUCUUGCAUUGUUUCAUAUUAACUCCAAUAGGUUUUGUGGAGUUGUCCCUGAAAGCUUCUCCAAACUCACACUUAUGCAUGAGUUUGAUAUUAGCAACAAUCGGUUUGUUGGUUCUUUCCCUAAGGUUGUCUUGAAUUGGCCAGAUCUUAAGUAUCUUGACAUCAGAUUCAACGAUUUCGAAGGCUGUUUGCCUGAUGAAGUUUUUGUGAAGGAUCUUGAUGCAUUGUUCGUGAACAACAACAGAUUAGGAUGCACCAUUCCUGAAACUAUAGGCAAUUCUACAGUUUCUGUUUUCGUGUUGGCUUACAACAAUUUCACAGGCUGCAUUCCUCACAGUAUAGGCAAUAUGGCCAAUUUGAAUGAGAUCAUUUUUGAAGGCAAUAACCUUGGCGGUUGCUUCCCGCCGGAGAUUGGGAAGCUUUCCAAAGCAACAGUGUUUGAUGUAAGCUUCAAUCAAUUCGUAGGGAACUUGCCGUCUACAUUCGCAGACCUGAAAAAGGUUGAGGAAUUAGACCUUGGAAACAACAAGCUAACUGGGUUUAUGCCUGAGAACAUUUGCAAGUUGCCAAGUUUGAAAAAUCUCACAUUCUCAUUUAAUUACUUCAAGGGAGAGGCUCAAGCUUGCUUAUCAACGAAGGACAUUGUGGUGGAUGACACUAGUAAUUGCUUGGCUGACAGGCCAAAUCAGAAGUCCUCAAGGACAUGUCUUCCAGUGGUGAGCAGGCCUGUGGAUUGCAGCAAGGACAAGUGUGGUGGAGGAGGAGGUGGCUCUUCAACCCCUCAUCCCAAGCCACUGUCUCCUAAGCCAUCAACACCUUCAGUGCCAAAGUCACAGUCUCCCCCCAGCAGUCCUUCAAAACCUUCACCCACGCCAACCCCACCUUCUCAAACCAUUCCAACACCAACACCACCAACAUCAACACCAAAACCAUCUUCUCCUCAAUCCGCUACUACACCACCAUCGCCAACACCUGAAGUGUCACUGCCACCACAUGACCCGCAUUAUCCAGCAAAUCAUGGAUUUAAAAAACCUCCAACAGAACCCGAGACACCCAAACCAUCGAAAUCUAACCCACCAAAAUCACCACUGCAACCUGAACCAACAUCACCAACACCAUCCUCAAAGCCAGAACCUACAUCACCUACCACAUCCCUACAACCAGAAUCUCCACCAGCAGAUAACCCAAGUCCUAGUCCUGAAAUAACUCCCGUCUCAUCUCCACCGUCAUUUUCAUCUCCUGCACCUCCAGUUCAAUCACCUCCUCCACCAACUCCAGUACAGUCUCCACCGCCACCGGUGCUUUCACCCCCUCCACCAGUCCAUUCUCCUCCCCCAUCACCUCCGAUGCAGUCCCCACCUCCACCAGUCCACUCACCACCGCCACCUAUUCAAUCUCCACCACCACCAGUCUACUCACCUCCACCACCGGUGCACUCCCCACCUCCACCAGUCCAAUCACCUCCACCACCGUCUCCACCACUGCCAGUUCAUUCCCCACCUCCACCAGUCCACUCACCUCCACCGCCAGUUCAUUCCCCACCUCCACCAGUCCACUCACCUCCACAGCCAGUUCAUUCCCCACCUCCACCAGUCCACUCACCUCCACCACCAUCCCCACCACCACCAGUCCCCUCUCCACCUCCACCUGUUAGCUCACUGCCACCACCAGUGCAUUCGCCCCCUCCACAUGUUAGUUCACCACCACCACCUGUCUAUUCACCCCCACCACCUGUUAGCUCACCACCACCAUCACCAACUGCAUCUCCUCCUCCUCCUACUGUACAACCUCCACCACUGGUAGACGACAUUGUUCUACCACCACACAUUGGCUUCCAAUAUUCGUCCCCACCUCCACCAAUGUUCCCAGGCUACUAAUUGAUAUAUCCUUAAUUUUUGUAGUUCUGAAAAGCUAUAUGUACACAAACAAAACGCUGAUCAGUUGAACUUCCUGACCAGGAAAUGCAACUCUUAACAGUGGCCACUGUUGUUUAUGGAAAAGAAGUUCAUGUCUAUUAUUUGAGUAGACAUUGUAUACGAUUUCCCUUUUCAUUUUCUUUCCCAUCUGUAUUACAAUAUCAGUAUGGAAUUCCAAUAACAAUAGCAACUUUUUCUUGCA